AUGACUUUAGACGAUUCGCGAAAAGCGAGCAUUCAGCAUGCUCUGGACCAAUACCGACAGACAGUCUUUGCAAGGAACAUGUCUUUACUGCCUAUCCUGGUGGAGAAGAUUGAGACUGCCGUUGUUCCGGAUAGCUGGAAUGAACAGAAUGUGCACAAGGCUCGUAUGAGAGCCAUCAACGACUACUUCGCUCACCGGCUUGGCGGAGACGCGAUUGGAGACACUAUCUCUACUCCGCAAGAUCUUCUGACUCUCAUGCCCACUUCCCGCUUCGCGGAAAGAUUCAAACUCGACGGUACUUCGCACGAGCCCGUGGACCUGACGUCCGUGACAAACUACUUCAACACGUUACGACAAGCACUACGUUCCAAACAAAGCUCCAAAGACCCGGCUCUCCAAGAUUCAGAAUACCCAGAGGAACCGCCCGAAGACCUCGAGUACUUGAUGUCCCUCGUCUCUUCCAUCUCUGCUCCCAAGAUGGAAUGCGAUUAUGGAUCCCGCCCUUCGACAUUUUUCCCAACUGAGAGCAGUGACUUGGAAGUGCAUGCCCCCGUUCGGAUUGGACACACUCUUGAUACCCCGCUCGAUGAGUUCGACCCAUAUGAACAAGCUUGGGAGGACUGGACGAUCGCAGUGGCGAUUAACAUCGGAGAGAAACACCCUGAUUGGACACCAAGUGGUGUUCAUGCGCUUUACUGCUCUCCUGAUACCGAAGGGGAGAGGAAAGAUUGGAAGUGGCGGUAUGGCAUCAACGAGAAGUAUUACUCGAGCGAGUUGUACGAUAGUGUGGAGGAAUAUCUGUUGAAGUUUUGGUUGCAUUUCGACGAAGAGACGGAGGAGAACGUGAGGAGUGCACCGAUAAGUCUGGAUCCGGAGGGAGAUAUGAUCACCUCAUGGAAAAUGAAUGGGGCGGAAGAGGUCGUGGUCAAACCAGGAGACCCGGGUCAUCAUGGUGGUGAAAAAGAUGAGAUUUGGAUUGUCGAGCCCAGUGACCCGAGACAUUCAGCCUACCGAAAUGAAUGA